AUGAUCUACCUACUCUUUAUCAAUCCUGAGAUGUUAUUGCCUGGCACUAGGCGGAAUCUGUUCACAACUGCUAAUGCGGAUCUGGAGGAGAUCCUCAAGGAUGAAAAUACAUCGCUCAAAAAGAUUCUCAAGGACGAGCCUUCACUCAUGGAGAUCUUGGGGAAAAAAGAUUCAAAUAUCUGGAUUAUUUGGAAGGUCUUGUUCGACGCCAAAAGAAAAUGGCGUGAGGAGACCAAAAGAGGACUUGUGCAAACAGUAAUCUCCAAGGUGCAGUCCACAGAAUGCAGUGAAGUUGUCGCAUGCACAAAAUUGUCACCGAAUGCAGAGACAAUCUCCAAGAAGCAGCCCACAGAAUGCAUAGAAUUGCCGUCAGAUGCAGAGAUACUCUCCAAGGUGCAGCCCACACAAGGUUUUAUCAUUGAUGCAUGGAAGCUUGCUGAAGCAUUGUUAGAUUUUGGUGAUGAGAAGAAGAUGUGGGAGGUGAUUGAAGGCGUGUGGGUGGAGAUGCUCUGCUUCUCGGCCAGUAAGUGCCGAGGGUACCUACAUGCCAAGAGUUUGGGCACUGGCGGGGAGCUGCUCACAUAUAUCUGGCUCCUGCUGUCGCACAUGGGGAUGGAGACCUUGCCGGAGAGGCUGCAGAGGGCGGAGUUUUCAAGUGGAGAAGGAAAUGCCGGUGCCUCUUCAUCGACUUCCCAGACAUCUGGGGGCGAAGAUCCACCACCCUUCAGGGACUCAAGGGCUCAUGAAGCUGCUGGUGGUGCAUCUACGUCUCGGCCUCAAGAAAUAGUACCAGCUGAAUAA